AUGCCAACAAAAAAGCGAAAAAGCUCGAAGCCUCAGUCGCCCCGCACACUUGAUCAAGCGUGGCAGCAACUCGUCGAAGCCCCUCAAUUUAUCCAGCAUCGUGGAGGGCUCACGCCGACUGAGGAAAGUCGCAUUAAGGAUGGCUUUGGCAUACUUCAAGAGUCAAACCGUCCUUCCCCUACAAUGGUGGGGAAUUACUGGCAGUUUUUGAAGAGCGUCGAAAAAGAUUGUGGUAGCGAGAUGGUCGGUUUAUGUGCAGCUGCUUUUGGUCGCACUGCGAUCGGAAGGAUGAAGUACCGGCUUCGAGUCGAGCUCGCCCUCAAAGUGAAGGAAAAUCAAGCAAACCUUCAUUGCGAAGCAGUGAAUAAGGCAGUUCAAGCUAUUAAGCAGAAGCGCAAACACGCACAAACUCGGGAUUUAGGAACGCUGACCGGUGACGUCUAUGAGCUCACAAAAGACGAUGCGAGGAUGAUAGCGAACUCGGAUCAAAUUGGAGGGAAAAUAUGGUUGACAGAUCCAUACUCUGUCAAUACCGCUUCGUUCAUAACCAUUCCAAUCUCCGAUGAGCUCAAAACUCAAUUUAUCAUACAACGUCCAAAAGUGAUGUAA